CGCAUGCGCAGUGUCGCUCCCCUUGUGGCUGCGCGGAGGGCACCGCAGGCUUCAAGGAGAGGGCCGGGCCGGGCCGGGGCGCCUUUCUCUGCCGCCGCCAUGUUCCUGUGUGCUGCUCUGCGGGCCGCGGCCGCGCGCUCGAUGAGACAAAUCCGAUACUUACAUAAAACACCAGCAUGCAAUUCAAGUGGAGGAGCCUUAUUUGUGCACAGAGAUAGUCCUGAGAAUAAUCCAGAUACUCCCUUUGAGUUCACACCUGAAAACAAGAAGAGAAUAGAAGCAAUCGUAAGCAGUUACCCAGGGGGACACAAAUCUGCAGCUGUCAUGGCAGUGCUAGAUCUGGCUCAGAGGCAGCAUGGAUGGUUGCCCAUAUCGGCUAUGAACAAGGUUGCAGAAAUUUUAGAAAUGCCUCCCAUGAGAGUGUAUGAAGUAGCAACCUUCUAUACAAUGUAUAAUCGUAAACCUGUUGGGAAAUACCAUAUCCAGGUCUGCACUACCACGCCUUGUAUGCUGCGAGACUCUGACAGCAUUUUAGAAGCCAUAAAGAAGAAACUUGGUAUUAAAGUUGGGGAAACAACACCUGAUAAACUCUUCACACUGAUAGAAGUGGAAUGCUUAGGUGCUUGUGUAAAUGCACCAAUGGUACAAAUAAAUGACAACUAUUACGAAGAUUUAACACCCAAAGAUAUUGAAGAUAUAAUUGAUGAGCUAAAGGCUGGUAAAGUUCCCAAACCCGGCCCAAGGAGCGGACGUUUUUCUUGUGAGCCAGCUGGUGGCCUAACAUCUCUGACUGAACCACCCAAAGGACCAGGUUUUGGAGUUCGAGCUGACCUCUGAGGAGUUUUGUAAUAUAUGUUAAACUGUCUGGAAAUAAAGUAAUUGUAAUCACAGUAAAA